UCUAGAGAUAAUCUAUCAUCCAUCGUGGUAUGUCCUGGUAAAAUCUUGAGAUCGAAAUUUGGUGAAUUUCCUCAUGAUGAAAUGAUAGGAAUUCGAUUUGGUUCUAAAUUCACCAGUAAAAAUAAAAAAGGUUUUACUUAUCUUUUAAGACCAACACCGGAGUUGUGGACACUUGCAUUACCACAUCGGACUCAAAUUUUAUAUCUACCUGAUAUUGCUUAUGUUACGGGUCAACUUGAUCUUAAACCCGGUUCAAUUGUUAUUGAAGCUGGUACUGGAUCUGGAUCUUUUUCACAUUCGGUCGCUCGAACAAUCGGGGAUGAAGGAAAACUUUUCUCAUUUGAGUUUCACGAAGAACGUUUUUUGAAAGCCGAAGCCGAGUUUAAAUCGCAUGGACUACUAUCUAGUGAAGGGGGUCCAAUUCGGCUAGAACAUCGGAAUGUGAUCAAAAAUGGAUUUGGCGAUCUUCAAGGAAACCAGGUUGACGCGAUCUUUUUGGACUUACCUGCUCCAUGGGAUGCUCUAGCGGACGCGAAACGAGUGAUGAACGUAAGUAAACUUUUGUACACGUCUCGUAUCUGCUGUUUCUCGCCUUGUAUGGAACAAGUUCAAAAAACUUGUCAAACCCUACAAGCUCUUGGUUUCUCGGAGAUCACCAUGUUUGAAACCCUAUUACGAACCCAUGAGCCCGUUUCCAUUCCAAUGCCAACAGUCGCUAGUGCAGUGACACGGAUCCAGGAAGUUGAA